AUGAGGAACUCCUACAAAUUUCUGGCAUCUUCUCUCUCAAUUGUCAUUUUUCUCCUGCUAAUUCCUGAAGAUGUCUGUGUGAAAAUUAUCGGAGGAAAUCAAGUAACUCCUCAUUCAAGACCCUACAUGGUCCUACUUAACGGAGAACACAUCUGUGCUGGUGCUUUGAUUGCAAAAGACUGGGUGCUGACUGCAGCUCACUGUGUCCUGAACAAAAAGUCCAAAGUUGUUCUUGGGGCUCACUCAAUAACCAAGAAUGAGCCAGAAAAACAGAUAAUGUUCAUUAAGGAAGAGUUUCCAUAUCCGUGCUAUGACAAGGACACACAUGAGGGUGAUCUUAAACUUCUGCGGCUGAACAAAAAAGCAAUAAUUAACAAAAACGUGACUAUCCUUCAUCUACCUAAAAAGGGGGAGGAUGUGAAGCCAGGAACCAAGUGUCAAGUUGCAGGGUGGGGGAAGUUUCACAAUAAGUCACCUCAGUCCGAUACUCUGAGGGAAGUCAAUGUCACCAUCAUAGACAGAAAAAUCUGCAAUGAUCAAAAGCACUAUAAUUUUCAUCCUGUGAUUGGACUGAACAUGAUUUGUGCUGGAAGCCUCCAAGGUGGAAAAGACACGUGCAAUGGAGACUCUGGAAGCCCGCUGCUGUGCGAGGGAACCUUCCGAGGUAUCACUGCCUUUGGCCUUCCCCAGAAAUGCGGAGACCCUCGAGGGCCUGGCGUCUACACUCUUCUCUCAAAGAAACACCUCAACUGGAUCAUUGAGACUAUGAAGGGGGCAGUUUAG